AUGGGCGACCGCGAGCGCAAUAAGAAGCGGCUGCUGGAGCUGCUGCAGGCGGCGGGCACCGGCAACGCGUACUGCGCAGACUGCGGGGCGGCGGAUCCCGACUGGGCCUCUUACAAGCUGGGCAUCUUUAUCUGUCUGAACUGCUCCGGAGUCCACCGCAACUUUCCAGACAUCAGCAAAGUGAAAUCCGUCAGACUUGACUUCUGGGACGACAGUAUCGUGGAGUUUAUGACCCACAACGGGAACCUCCGAGUGAAGGCCAAGUACGAAGCCAGAGUCCCUGCAUUCUACUAUAUCCCCCAGGCCAACGACUGCAUGUGGAGCCAGGAGAGCAUUUGGUACAUGAGAACACACAGACCUGUGGUCUUAAAAGAACAGUGGAUUCGAGCAAAGUAUGAGAGACAGGAAUUUAUGGCUGAUGGGAAAACCAUCUCAGCCCCAGGUAACAGAGAAGGGUUCCUGUGGAAGCGGGGAAGGGACAACGCACAGUUCCUGAAAAGGAGGUUUGUCCUCCUGGCAAGAGAAGGCCUGCUGAAGUACUACACUAAAGAAGAGGGUAAAGACCCCAAAGCUGUCAUCAGCAUCAAGGACUUGAAUGCCACCUUCCAGACAGAGAAGAUUGGGAACCCCCACGGGCUGCAGAUCACCUACCGGAGAGAUGGCCACGUUCGGAACCUCUUUGUGUACCACGAGAGUGGGAAGGAGAUAGUGGACUGGUUCAACGCCCUCCGUGCAGCUCGUCUCCAAUACCUAAAAAUGGCCUUUCCUGAGCUCCCAGAGUCUGAGCUUGUGCCCCUCAUCACCAGGAACUAUCUCAAACAAGGCUUCAUGGAAAAGACCGGUCCGAAGGCUGGCCCUCUGACCUCUGUGCCCCACCCCCGCCUGGCCAAGCCUGAUACAAAGUUCCCUCUUCUGCAGCAGAGAGAACCUUUCAAGAAAAGGUGGUUUGCUCUGGAUCCCCAGGAGCGCAGGCUGCUUUAUUACAAGAACCCACUGGAUGCCUUCGAGCUGGGCCAGGUGUUUCUCGGGAGCAAUGAACAGGGGUACCAGGUAUUCGAAGACCUGCCCAAGGGCAUCCGAGGGAACCGCUGGAAAGCUGGCCUCACCAUCGUCACCCCCCACCGGAGGUUCGUCUUCACCUGCCCCAGCGAGAAGGAGCAGCGUGAAUGGUUGGAGAGUUUUCGAGAGGUCCUCUCCAGCCCCUUGACGCCCCUCAACCUCCUUGCUGUGUCAACAGAGAGUGACUGCAGCCACAGGUGACCCACUGGCCACCCAGAGCGCCUGGUGGAGAGUUGCCACUUCAGUCUUGGGGGCCCCGCAGGAGUGCCCCCUCCCCAAGUCAGCAGCUGUCACGGGC